GCUACAAUUACAAUUGUAAAACACUGAUACCGUCGCGCUUAGAAUUUAUUCCGCGAAGGUAUCAGCGAUUUACAUGGUGGCUCCAGAGAGGAGAUUACAGAGUCUCGCGCGCAAGUGUAAUCUCAAAAGAACGAACUUGCGUUCAAGGUGUGCUGUCGCCAAGAACAGCUGUGUGUAAAAGAAAUAAAUAGUGAAGUGUGCAUCCAGAUGUGUCUGCCACGCGACCAGGAGGAGCUCGAUCGAGAAAACAUCUUGGAGGUUCGACCGCGAGGCGUUCAACAGUGGAUCGAGGUGAUAGAGGAACCAGCUGCUGAGGAACCAGCUGCUGCGGAACCGGAAGACCAAGGCGAGCCGUGUAACAUCGGCGGUUGGGACGAGGACGAGUGGGAUCGUCUAUUUGCUGAGGAGCUUGCACGUCAACGGGAGAACCCGGAAGACAACGAAGACGUGCAUCCCGGGGAACCAGAAAUUCUUAACUAUCAAGAAUUUCAGGUAGAAUCAGACGACGACGAAUACUACUUUAGUCGUUAUCGCGUGCCCACCUACGACGACACGGACGAAGUGAUAGCGACGACUAUAAGCGCCAUCACGCAGACGCUGAACGAAGGCCGUCCAAUUCCAAUUGAUGUCCUUGAAGAGCUCGAGGAUAUCUUUAACAGCUACGUCAACUUCAAGAUACUACCGAGGGAUGCGUACCCUAGGAUAGUACAUCUGCAGUAUCAGUGUUUGUAGAGCGGAGUACUUAAGUAAAAAUCGCGUCUUCGCGUAAAUUCCACUCCAGUGGAUUAUAUGGUGGCUCCAGAGAGGAGUUAUAGUUAAAAGUGAUUAAAAGUGAUUAAAAAGUUCAAAGUUAAAUCACUUGAAAGUUAGUGAAAUUAAACCGUGGUUUAAGUGUUUGGUUCAAGUUUAAAGUUUGUAACGUCAACCAUUUUAUUCCCUUAGUGAGUUACUCGUUACUAGUUGUGCUUCGGAGGAGGAGUACAACGACCGACUAGGUUUUGUCCCGGAUUGGGAUAACACUGAGGAAUUAGCAAGCGACUUGCUAAAAUACCAAACGGCGAAGAGCACUGCGGUACCGGAGGUCUUAGAAAAAGACAUCCAAACAACGGUAAAGCUCUUCCGCGCCGGAAAAAUCUGGCCGCGACUCUGUUAUAGCAUCCUCUGCGAGCUUCAGUGGGAGCUGAUUUGCAUCGACAACGGUAAACCGUUAAACGAAGAGCGCAGUAACCUGGAGGAAAAUCUAAAAACUUGGGGAAUAAAAAUUGUAAAACUGGAAAAAUCGCUUCCACUAUAUUCGAAAAAUCAUCUUGAUAAGAAAGAAAUCUCCGCCGUCGAAAUUCACCUCAUUAAGUUUCCGUCGCUUUAAGUGUUGUGCUCGAUUAACUAUUAAAGGAACGUUAGUGUUUACGCUGUUGUUGUGAACGCAACGAUCAAUCGUUCUAAUUCUCGUUUUAAAUACAUUUCAAACUAUUAUAUGUUCAUUUAAGAGAAUUACAAGCCAUAGAUUAGACUCGACGUCGAUCAGGACGAACGUAGCACAGGCAAUAACUUCGAGAAGAAAAUGAACAAAGAAUGGUACGCCGUUCUUAAUAAACAGGAUGCUACGCGGGAUCGCCUGGCCAACUUAGGUUCAUAUCUACUGUUACGUACACGACAAAAUUCAAAGCGUACGCGUGAGAAAAUUCGAACUAUCGUAAGAAAGGGAAUUUGAAAUAGCUACGCCAACAUAAACAUGUUGACAUCCUAGAAAAGCCAUGUGUGUAAUCUCAGCUUUCAGGUCAAAAUAAUGUUCUAUGAGAAAACGACAUAGCGCAAGCACGAGCAUCAAAGGGGAAGGACGAGAA